ACACACUUCACGUCGACAAAAUGGCGCAAACAAGGAAAGACCAUGUCAACGUUUUCAAGAACUUCUUUGCGAUGUGCUUCAUCGGCUUUGGCGUUUUUAUGAGUACAGAUUUCAUUAGAUUGCUUGUCUUCGAUACCAUCAAGGAUAACAUGAAUUGGAUCAAUGUAUACCAAAUCAUGCUUUGGUGCGUUGUUGUUUCAGCUAUGUUUGUGAAAAUGCCAGCCGCAGCAAGUCUAAGGUAUUGCUUGAGGUUUAACACGUUUUUCCUUUGUUUGGCUGCCCUUCUCUUCCACAUGAAGUGGUUGGAGACCAUGUCUUUUACCAUCAUUCUCGUCAUGUGGGCGUACAUCUUGGGUGUAGCUAUAGUAAAUGCAUUGGUAUUGGCAUCAUAUCAUUAUUCGGGUGUCAAAGGAUUAGUGGUUGGUGUAAUGUUCUCUUUCCUGUUGACAUAUUCCAUUCUCUAUAUCAUGGACCGCAUCCAAUGGUAUAAGAGGGAAAUCAAUAACUACCGUUAUAUUAUCUUGAUUUUUAUAGUAUUCAAGGCAGCAAUAAACCUAGGAGCAAUGUAUGUACUGUCUUCAGCUACAAAGGAGCACCAUCUUAAUUCCUAUGAUGAAGCCUUCAAGCAUCUAACCAGUGGAGUCAUGCUUGAAUGGUUAAGUGGUGCUUUACAUGAAAGAGACGUUCAACUAUCACUCCACGAGGUGGUACCUCAGUGUGUAACUCCAAUGAUUGGGUUAAAGGAGAUAUUUAAGUGCUCAAGGGUCAUCACAGUAUGGUUCAUGUUCAUAGCGCUUUCUUUCACAUGUUCGUUGUUCACACCUUAUAUUGGGGUAACAAACUGGGAUCUUUCUUACUUCGUCAUAGAUAAACUAGAACGUGCUGAACAUCUAGGGAAAUUAUUAGGUGUGCUUAUAGCAUGCCUGCGUCGAAAACGACGAAAUACUAUAGUGUGGAUGGGUCUUUGCUAUAUGGUACAUGUUGGAAUUUCAGUAUUCUUGACGUGCUUUGUUCACAGUUACAAAGUAAGCAAAAAAAUAUCUAUCAACGUCGCUUUUUCUCUUUCGGCAUUCAAUGCUGUCCUCGGAGGUUUCCUAACUGUCUCGUCGUUCACUGAGUUCUUUCGGACACUCUUCGACAUUUCAUGCACGGGGCCCAAACAACAAGAUGAUGGUGACUAUGCUCAAUGUUGUAUGGAUGAACUGAGUGAUGCUUGCUUCUGUACAGAAAAAUUUUGCAAAGAGAAAUGUGGUAAAGAUCCCUUCUCCCACACUAGUUCUUCUGAAAGAAAAAACCAAAUAUUCAUUGCGCCAAACGCUUUGGAGAUGUACAACAGAUGGGAUGAAUCUCACUGUCUCAAGUGUUGGAUGUACAGGCACAAUCCUGACGAGGUCUGCAAAACAGCUGAAAAGAAUAAGGUUUGUAAUGAUAAAGAAGCCGAAUGCUUCUUGCUGAGAAACUGUAAAGUAUCUGUAUGUACAUAUUGCGACAUGAACUUACUGUUGGAGUGUGUUAAAAUUGAAUGCACUUGCGUAAAAGACGAAUGCUCAAUCCCUUUGCCUAACGCUAAUCUAUUCAAGGAAGAUUCGGAAUAUAAAACUGCACAAAAAAAGAAAGAGUUGGAAGAAAAAAUUAAUAAAGGCAAAUCCAAAGAACCAAGGCCGUCUUGCAUAAAACCGGUGGAUCUAAAACCCAUUGAAGAAACCACAGAUGAAAAACCUAUUGAGAUUCCUUUACACGAAUUGACAUUUAAUAACGGUGCCAUAUCACUGGUUACAACUUCGUCCUCCGAUUUUGUUAUCCAAGCUUCUGCUUGUUGUCCUAAAAACAACGAUGAUAAGAAGAAUGAACAUGCGGCGCAGCAUUUUGACAUCGCCUCCAUAUGUACAUACUCAUGUUGUCACUACGAUCUAAAGGUUUUGUUGAAAUGCAAAGAUAUGAACGGUCCUAUCAACAUGAUGAAGGCACCAUAUCCAGGUAAAUUCAAUCCUCUUUCUGCCAUAGUUUUCAAUGGGAAGUGUACAGCGCAGAAUGACCAUGAAAAUGAAAUUAAAUGUAUAGAGCCAAAGUCGCAUACAGUUUUAGAAGCUCGAGAAGUUAAAGAAUCGCUUAAAUAUGCAUGCUCAAAUUCCAAAGUCAUUUCAAUAUCACGGAUAGCCUCUGAUGAACAUGAUGUAGGAGACAAUGGUUUGGCGUUGUGUUGUAAUGCAGCCAAACAGGCUGCAGAAAAGAAGAAAGGUGAAUCCAGUAGUUCCGAUGCAGACACGUCUAAUGUAUCAGCUCCAGAAUGCUGCCACAUGAAAGUGCUUCCCACUGCUUAUCCUUUCCACUUCAGGAAGAAGGAUUUGUUGAGGUUCAGUAUUGUUAGUGCAUUUCUUAUCGUUAUAUUAAUUUAUGCUUUGGCUAAGAUUUGUGCCAUCACUCUGUUUGCUAUAUUGGACUACAACUAUGGUCUUGACUUAUCAACUAGUUACAGACUUGUAGAACCGUUUUAUGAGCAAUCUGAAAAUUAUGCGUUGUACAUGCCUGAAGCAACAAUGGACGAUCAGAGUUUGUUGGAUUUAUUCCAAAGAGAAAUGAAUCAAGCUACCCAAAAGGCUAAUAUAUUCUCUUCACUACAGAGUAAUGUUGUGUCGUUUAAACAAAAUGAAAAGCCAAUCCAAGAAUCUAUGUCCGGUUUAAUUAAUGGAACUGAUUUAGUUUCAACUGAUGAGGUAGGCAUUAAAACAGUAGACAGCGGAAAUCAAACAACGAAAGAAACCCCUGAACCUGGAACUAAGAGUGCAAAACCGAAAGACAAAAAGGAAGAAGAAGAAGACAUCGAUAAUGAUGAAGACGAAGAGGAAGAAGAAACUGAAGGUGAUUCUCAAGACGAACACAAAAAGUACAAACCUCUAGUAGCGUUUGAGAAAAAGGAAAUGCACAAGGUACUUAAGAAUUAUAAAAUGAUAUGUAAUGAGCUUGAAUAUGCAUACUUAAUGCACUGGACAUCUGAGAUGACUGCCCUAAAGAACAAAGACCCACCGGUGGAUAAAAUCAAGAGAAUUCGACGUCUCAAAUGGUGUCUAGAAUCCGGUCUGAAAGAAUAUGCCCUUAACAGUGCUGUUUCAAUCAUUAACUAUUUGAACAGUACCGAUGAAAAAUGGGACAUUGAAUGGACGCAAUACAGACAUGAAGUCGAGCAAAAGUUGAAACUCAACGAUGAACUAGAUUCCCUCACUGCGAGCUCAGAAAUUAGCUUCGUUAACCCUGGAUUACAAAGCGCAAUUGAUGCCGCCAGAAAGGAGAAUUGGAACGAUAUUGUUACAUCGGCACAGAAACUGCUGUCCAAUGCUGAAAAAUUGAAAAUAAAAAUAGAUGAACUAAACCAAGCUAGGGGCGGAGCUCAAGCACUCAAUAAGACUGUUGAAUUAUGGACUCUGAGAUUAGAAAUCAUCGAGCAAUUGACAAACGAAGGAAUAGUAUACCUGGGUUGGGGCGCAUUCCUAAAAACCUGGGAGAAGAUCUUGGACUGGCAGAAAAACUUUUUAGAAUUGUAUUACAAGGAAUACAAAAACAUUAUGCCUUUCUAUCCAGAAGCCAAACCGCAAGUUGCUCAGGCGGCGUUAGGCUGCAGGGCAGCUUGACCGUGCACAGAUCAACAAUUCCACCUUUA